CUGGUGAAAAGCUACUGACAAUCUCGCGCAACACUUCAUCGGACAGUUCACCAACUUUAAACCUGCAUAUCACUGAGUGGGCCCCUCUGUUGAUGACAUUCCUAACUGUCACCUAGAUGCUUCCAUGACCAGGGUUGAAAGCCUGACCUGAAACCUCACUUGUGUAUGGCACCCCCCUGGUUUAAACCUACACAAACCAACCUUGAGGGGGUUGCUAUUUGGAGUUAAAUAUGUUUCAUCUGAUCAAGAAAGACAAGGAGGAGAGGAAGAAGGACAAAAAGGACAAAAAGGAGAGGAUGUCCCAGGCAGAGCUGAAUAGUCUGGAGGAAACGAGCCAGCGGCGGGGCUUCUUCAACCUCCACCGAGGAGGCUCUAAGCGGGACAACAAAGGCAAGCUGGAGAUCUCCAGCCCCAUCCCUAUUAAGGUAGCCAGCAACACAGAGCUCAGCCUUACUGAUCUAGAUGCUGAUCGCUUCAGCAGCCGUGGCAGCAUGGUCCUGGACUUGGGCCAGAUGAGUGCCGCCAGCUCCAGUGAUGACAUCAAGGGGGAGUGGGGACAGGAUCCCUGUCGCACCUCUGUUAAGGAGCGAGCGGCAAAGUUCGGCAGCCUGGCAAAGCAGAACUCCCAGGUGGGCCAGGUCGUGAAGUGCUUUUCCUCCCAUAAAAACAAAGAGGAGAGUGUCUCUGAGGCCUCCACACCAAGCUCAACACAACCAUCUCCCCAGAUAGAGAACAAGGUGUUUGACCACCACAGACAUGACUCCCAUCUGCAUCUCCAGGGCCACGGCAGGGCUGGGAAGAGGGUUCAUAUCCCAGAGGUGGUGGAGAAGACCUUCCCGGCAGACCUGCAGCUGCCUGGAGUCUUGGCGCUGCCCAUGCCCGAGACCAGGGAACUGGAGCUACAGCGCCGCAACACAGGAGACUUUGGCUUCUCCUUGCGCCGCACAACCAUGUUGGACCAGCAGCCUGAUGGUGGGGCCUACCGCCGCGUGGUUCACUUUGCUGAGCCUGGAGCCGGGACCAAGGACCUGGCGCUGGGGCUGGUGCCUGGAGACAGGUUGGUUGAGAUCAACGGGCACAACGUGGAGAGUAAGAGCCGGGACGAGAUCGUGGAGAAGAUCCGUCAGUCUGGGGACUCUGUGAGGCUGAAGGUGCAGCCCAUUGUGGAGCUGAGUGAGCUGAGUCGCUGCUGGCUGAGGAACAACAGAGAGGCCUACGACGUGAAGACUGAGGAGCAGAUAGCUGCUGAGAAGGCCUGGUACGGGACUGAGAAAGUAUGGCUGGUUCACAAGGAUGGAUUUUCCUUGGCGACCCUGUUGAAGACGGAGCCAGGCAGUCUGCCAGAGGGGACAGUCAAGAUCAGACUGGAGAGCGACGGCUCGUUGCUGGAUGUGGAUGAGGAUGAUGUGGAGAAGGCAAACCCUCCAUCAUUUGACCGCGUGGAGGACCUGUCCUCACUGCAGUACCUCAAUGAGUCCAGUGUGAUGCACUCCCUGCGCCAGCGCUACGGGGGCAACCUCAUCCACACCCAAGCUGGACCCAACAUGGUGGUCAUCAACCCCAUCAGCGCUCCCUCCAUGUACUCUGAGAAGGUGAUGCACAUGUUUAAGGGGUGCAGGAGGGAGGACACAGCACCUCACAUCUAUGGCGUGGCCCAGUCAGCCUAUAGGAACCUGUUGACCACGCGUCAGGACCAGUCCAUUGUGCUGCUGGGAAAGAGCGGUAGCGGUAAGACCACCAACUGUCAACACCUGGUCCAGUACCUGGUCACCAUCGCCGGCAGCACUGGCAAGACCUUCUCUGUGGAGAGGUGGCAGGCAGUCUACACCAUCCUGGAGGCCUUUGGGAACAGCUCCACCUCCAUGAAUGGAAACGCCAGUCGCUUCUCUCACAUUGUGUGCCUGGAUGUUGACCAGGCUGGUCAGGUGGCCUCUGCCUCCAUUCAGACCAUGCUGCUAGAGAAGCUAAGAGUGACCAGGAGGCCAGAGGGAGAGUCCACUUUCAAUGUCUUCUACUAUAUGAUGGCUGGAGCUGACAGCUCUCUCAAGACGAAGCUGCACUUCAACCACUUUGCUGAAAACAGUGCUUUCGGAAUCGUGCCUCAACCCAAGUCUGAAGACAAGCAGCGGGCCUCCCAGGAGUUCACCAAGCUGCAGGCAGCCAUGAAGGUCCUGGGCAUCAGUGGGGAGGAGCAGAGGGCCUUCUGGCUAGUCCUGGGGGCCAUCUACCACCUAGGAGCUGCAGGAGCCACCAAGGACGCAGACAAAGCCGGUAGGAAACAGUUUGCACGUCAUGAAUGGGCGCAGAAGGCUGCCUACCUGCUGGGCUGCACUCUAGAAGAGCUCUCCUCCUCCAUCUUCAAGCACCAGGCCAAGGGCCCCCUGCCCAGAGCCAGCUCUAUACGUCAGGGGACAGACGAUGCAGCAGGAGACUUCUCAGGUUCCAAGGCCACAGCCAUGGAGUGUUUAGAAGCCAUGGCAUCUGGGCUGUACUCAGAGCUCUUCACCCUCCUCGUCUCCCUCAUCAACCGUGCUCUGAAGUCCAGCCAGCACUCUCUGUGUUCCCUGCUCAUCGUGGACACCCCGGGCUUCCAGAACCCUCGCCUGGUCAAGCGGGAGCGCGGAGCCACCUUUGAAGAGCUCUGCCAUAACUACACCCAGGAGCGCCUGCAGACACUGUUCUAUCAGCGCACCUUUGUACAGGAGCUAGAGAGAUACAAAGAGGAAAACAUAGAGCUCGCGUUAGAUGACAUGGAGCCCAGCACAUCUCUGUCUGUAGCUGCAGUAGACCAAGCGCCAAGUCAAGCCCUGGUGCGGACGCUGAGGACUGAUGAGGCUCGGGGCCUGUUGUGGCUGAUGGAAGAGGAGGCUCUGCAGCCUGGGGGUUCAGAGGAUACUCUACUAGGACGCCUCUUCAUUUACUAUGGCCAUGCUGAGGGAGAGAGCAAAGGUCACACCUUGUUGCUGAAGAGUGGGAAGCCGCAUCACUUUCUGUUGGGUCACAGUCAUGGGACAGACUGGGUGGAGUAUGAUGCCCGUGGUUGGCUGAGCCAUGCCAAACAGAACCCUGCCUCUACCAACGCAGGGAGUCUCCUGCAGGACUCCCAGAAGAAGAACAUUAGUGGUCUGUUUAUGAGCCGAGGAGGCGGGGCCACCACCCUGUCAGGCUCCAUCGCCGGCCUGGAGGGUGUUUCCCAGCUGGCCUUGCGGCGCGCCACCAGCAUGAGGAAGACUUUCACCACUGGAGUGGCAGCCGUCAAGAAGAAGUCCCUCUGCAUCCAGAUCAAACUACAAGUGGACGCUCUGCUGGACACUGUGCGGAGGUCCAGGGUUCACUUUAUCCACUGCUUGCUGCCCAAUGCUGAUGCCCUGCGGGCAGGCAGAGGGGAGUUGGAGGCCCAGGGGGAGAGAGGAGACUCUGGCCUGAUGCAGCUGGAUGUUGUCCUGCUCCGGUCUCAGCUCCGCGGCUCCAAGCUGCUGGACGCUCUCAGAAUCUAUAGACAAGGAUACCCUGAUCACAUGGUCUUCUCCGAAUUCUGCCGCCGCUUCGACGUGCUGGCACCACACCUGACCAAGAAACUUGGCCGCAACUACAUAGUGAAGGAUGAGAAGAAGGCUGUGGAGGAGCUGCUAGAGUCCCUGGACCUGGAGAAGAACAGCUAUCACAUGGGACUGAGCAGGUUGUUCUUCAGAGCAGGGACCUUGGCAAAACUGGAGGAGCAGAGGGAUGAGCAGACCAGACACAACAUCACCCUGUUCCAAGCAGCCUGCAGUGGAUACCUGGCCAGACAGGCCUUCAAGAAGAGGGAGACCCAUGACCUGGCCAUCCGCUGCAUCCAGAAGAACAUCAAGAAGAAUAAAGGCGUGAAGGGCUGGCCCUGGUGGAAGCUGUUUACCACUGUACGGCCCCUCAUUGAGGUGCAGAUCACAGAGGAACAGAUCAGAGGAAAAUGUGAGGAGAUCCAGCAUCUGAAGGGAAAGCUGGAGAAGAUGGAGAAAGAGAGAAACGAAGUGAGAUUGAACAGUGAUCAACUGGAGAGCAGGAUCUCAGAGUUGUCAGCAGAGCUUGCAGACGAGAGGAACGCCGGAGAGUCGGCUUCCCAGCUGCUAGAGACCGAGACGUCUGAGAGACUGAGACUGGAGAAAGACCUGAAGGACCUGCAGGCUACGUUUGACUUAAUGAAGAAGCAGAUGGAGUGUAUGGAGAUGGAGGUGAUGGAGGCUCGUCUCCUCAGGACAGCAGAGCUCAAUGAGGACGUGGACGAUGAUGAUGAUUCAGGAGGAGAGUGGCGUCUGAAGUACGAACGAGGCAUCCGGGAGACUGAGUUCACCAAGAAGAGACUUCAGCAGGAGUUUGACGACAUGCUCGAGACUGAGCAGCAGAGUAAAAGACCUCUGGAGAGGAAGCUGACUGACCUGCAGGCGGACAACGAUGAAGUGCAGCGCUCUGUGCAGCAGCUGAAGAAGAAGUGUAGCAGACUGACGGCUGAGCUGCAGGACACCAAGCUGCACCUGGAGGGCCAGCAGAGCCGCAACCACGAGCUGGAGAAGAAACAGAGGAAGUUUGACUUUGAGCAGAGCCAGGCCCAGGACGAGGUGCUGAGAGAGAGGACACAGAGAGAGAAGCUGGGCCGGGAGAGAGACAUGAUGACAGGGGAGCUUUUAAGUCUGUGCCAGCAGCUGCAGGACAAGGACAUGGAGCUGUGUGCCAUCCAGCUGAAGGUGGAGCAUCUGGAGGCAGAGCUAAAGGACCUGUCGUCCCAGGAGUCCAAGGAUGAGUCGUCAUUGUCCAAGACCAAGAAGACGUUCCGCGACCUGGAAGCCAAGGUCAAAGACCAGGAGGAGGAGCUGGAUGAGCAGGCCGGGACCAUCCAGAUGUUGGAGCAGGCCAAGCUACGUCUGGAGAUGGGGAUGGUGAGUCUGCGGCAGACCCACUCUAAAGACAUCGAUGGCAAGGAUGAGGAGGUGGAGGAGAUCAGGCAGUCCUGCAGUAAGAAGCUGAAGCAGAUGGAGGUCCAGCUGGAGGAGGAGUAUGAUGACAAGCAGAAAGUCCUGCGUGAGAGGAGAGAGCUGGAGGCCAAGCUGCUGUCUGCCCAGGACCAGAUGGGCUGCAGGGACGUGGAGACCGAGAAGAGGCUGAGGAAGGACCUGAAACGCACCAAGGUGCUGCUGGCUGACGCCCAGAUCAUGCUGGACCACCUGAAGAACAACGCCCUCAGUAAGAGAGAGACCGCCCAGCUCAAAAACCAGCUGGAGGAGUCAGAGUUCACGUGUGCGGUGGCGAUGAAGUCUCGCAAGGGCAUGGAGAUAGAGAUCGAGGACCUGCACAUCAAGAUGGAGGAAGUGGUCAAAGUCAAGAUGUCGCUUGAGGAGCAGGUGUCACGUCUGCAGAGGGAGAAGAAUGACCUGCAGUCUCGUAUGGAGGAGGACCAGGAGGACAUGAAUGAGCUGAUGAAGAAACACAAGGCUGUCGUCUCCCAGUCUGCCAGAGACCUGGCCCAGAUCAGUGACAUCCAGGUCCAGCUAGAGGAAGCCAUGAAGGAGAAGCAGGAGAUCCGGGACAAGUUGCAGUCCCUGCAGAGCCAGCUGGAGUUCCAGGAGCAGUCCAUGGUGGAGAAGUCUCUGGUCAGCAGGCAGGGGGCCAAGAUCCGCGAGCUGGAGACCAAGUUGGAGUACGAGAGGACCCAGAUCAAACGCCUGGAGAGCCUGACUGGCCGUCUUAAGGAGAACCUGGAGAAGAUGACAGAGGAGAGAGACCACCGCGGGAAUGGAGAGAUCAGGGAGAAGGAGCAGAACAAACGUGUGCAGAGACAGAUGAGGGACAUCAAAGAGGAGAUGGCUGAGCUGUCCAAGAAGGAGUCUGAGGCCAGCCGCAAAAAGCACGAGCUGGACAUGGACAUAGAGAGUCUGGAGGCAGCCAAUCAGAGCCUGCAGUUGGACCUCAAGCUGGCAUUCAAGAGGAUCGGAGACCUGCAGGCCGCUAUUGAAGACGAGAUGGUCGACAGUGACGGAGAAGAUGACCUCAUAAACAAUGGUGACGACUUGGACACGGACUCAGAGGUGGAGGACAGUGUGGACGAUGUUAAGUCCUGGCUGUCCAAGAAUAAGGGAUCCACCAAGACCCUGUCAGCUGAGGGCAGUCUGAAGAGCUCCAGCCGUCCUCUGUACCGGAGACACCUCAGUGUAGAGAAGGAGAGGGGUUCCAGCAGACACUCCGGGAAGGAAAGUGACGAUGAUGCAAUGCUGACCACAGCGUAACAGAGACUAAUGCUACAUCUCGCUCUUUAACCACCAACCUACACGUACAUACCAGAGACGGAUGUACCAUCCUUUAUAUGCUCAUAAUACCCCUCCCCCAUACCAUCCUCAUAUGAACGUCAGUGAGCAAUGCUAGCGAGCACCAGAGGCAAGAGCAGGGGAAAGUCAGAGUGCACAUACAGCUUCUAUUGAAAUAAAACAUGUUAUAGCCAUUUUCACUUGCGACUAAGAGCUUUGAAAAGAACAAUCUCUCACAUCUCUCACAACAUAUUUUCCACCUGAGCUCUACAGCUUUGAAGUGAUAUAGAGGUUUAUCACCACUGACUUUAAGAUUGCAUCUGCUUUUCAUAGGCUUUCUCAUACUUUUGUACCAUUUCAGCCAGUAGUUUUGAAAGUGGUGCUCACGAGCCGAAAGUGUUCCCUGUUUUUUGGGUAGUACGUCAUAAUGUCAUAUGUUAUGAAUCCAAUUUGUGCAAUAUGUUAUGAAUUUGGAUCCCGGAGUGCAUCUUUAAGCUCCUGUUGUCAUCUCUGUUUGAGGGCUGGAGAGCUUGUGAUUUAUUCAAAUGACUGUAUCAGGCUGUCUCCCUACAACCUGACUUCUCACUGCAAGUCCAUAUGCCUGACACUCCAGCAUAUCCUCCUUACCACUUAGAAAUGCACUUGUCUCCUCAACAUGUGUUUGGACUGUCUGCUCUUGCGCUUCAAGGGAUAUUUAGCCAAUAUCAGUGUAUAGAAGAAAGAAAGACAAGUAUUUAACUUGCUUCAAUACUGUUUUGAUUUUUAAUGGUUCUUAGAGAAUGGGAGAGAGAGCUGCUGUGAAGGGAUAGGGCUUUAUGUCAUAUGCGUUGGGUCUGGUACAUUUGCAUAUAGUAGUUCAUGCUGGAAUGGUUUUGGUCUGGCUCGUUUGAAGCUGCUCCAUGCAUUUUGUUUCUUCCUGUCAUUCUGUUGGUUUUCAAAGGGAUUGCAUUUACUAUCUGCUAUGACGGGGGCUUUCUAGGGAUCUUGUUCUCUUUCUUUAGCUAUCAAGAUAUACAUGCACUGGAUAUCAAGGGGGAAAAAGGGGUUUUAUGAGGCAAAUUGUCAUAGUGCUAUAAUCCCCCUGUCCCUCAUGGGGGGGGGGGGGCAGCAUGUUUGCAACAGAAGGUCUGAUAUAAUCCCUGGAUGAAUUGUCUCAUGUAGGAUAUAGAUGUGUCGUUCAACUAAUUGGGUGCCUUUUGAGUAGUGUAACACCUCAUUUUAAAAUUCUGUCAUAAAGAGCACAUGCGCCUUCAUAAAAAACAUGUUUUCCUGUCUCAAGACGGGAAACAGGGAGGCGCAAUUGAAAGUAAGCUUCACAAAAAAGUAUCAUUGUUAAAUGUCUAUUCUGUCUACCUUACGGUAACGGAGUUGACAUGUUAUGUUCAACCAGUUCACUUUUCCACCACAAAACACCAGAACAUGGCUGAAAAUAGAACCAGCUCACCUGCUUUUCCACUAGGAUUUUACUAUUAGAUGUUCAAUGUUUCUUUUAGAAGAAAAUAUAUAAAAAUGAAUAUUUUCACCACAUUAAAAUGAGAGUUCAGUUCACAUAGCAGGGUUGACCAUAAAGGAGACCCAUUUUUAUUUUUUACAACCAAAUCUCAAAAAGGUCCAGACAACUUUUUGUGAUUUCACAUGUUUUUGAGAAACUUACUCCAAACAGCAAAUCACUCAUCCUCGUUGUGUAGUAUGUGGGCCAACAAAACACAUAAACAAAGGCUCCAAAAACACUGAAAUAUGUCCUUUUCGAAACAUCAAAGCUCUCAGUAUAGUGAUACAGGUCUUUAGAUGUUGUACACAUGAAAUUGUCAUUCCGAACCUUUUCCGCAAUGUUUUAUUCCAAUUUGUUGCGACUCGAUCGAUACCGCUUUGUAAAUGGGUGAUACAAAGCAUGUAGUCUAUUGAAAGCAUUGGUAGCUUCUCCACAGGAAGUUCCAGCCCCUCGUAGAAGAGCUUUUCAGGCAGCUUGUGGUGGCCCAACACCCUAUUAAGACACAAUGUUGGUGUUUUCUUUAUUUUGAAAUAGAGAUUUGGUUGUAAAAAAUAACCUCUCCUUUUAAAAUGAGGGACAGAUGUAAACAAAUCAUUAAUCAAAUGAAAUAAAUAUUAUUCUUCAGAAAUAGCUUUUUGUCAAAGCAACAAAAUAACUAGGGCUUAACCACAAUGGUGAACACGGGAGAAAUGUUGGGAUUAAGAGGGUUAAGGGACAUGUCGAAAUGAUGAAAAAACAUUUUUCAUCAUUUUAAAAUCUGAUUUAUUGAAUUCUCCAUGUGAUCUAUAUUAAAGGGCACUUAAAUGAAUAUAAGUAUUUUAAAAAUGUAAUAUUGGUGCACAGUUUCUACUUAAAAUAUUAAAGGGAUGCAAAAGGCUCUAAUUUCAUGGAACGAAUUUGGCCUCACUGAGUGACAAUGAUAUCCUUUAGUUUAACCUUAUGCAUUUUCAGUCGUAAAUAUGGAAUUAUGUAUCUCUAUGUCCACAAGUGUGUUUUCAUGUGUCCAUAUCUCCAUUGCUCCUGUCUGUUCAUGUGCAUUAGAAGGAAAUGUUUAAAGUGUGUGGGACAGACUAUUUUGCAUAUCUUCUCAUUGGGAGCUUAACUCUGCAUAUCUUUUCCCAUUUCCUGUUUUUCUAUGCAUUCGAUAAAAAUAUGAAUACGGAACAUAGGAUAAUUUGAUGUCAAUGCUUCUGAGUAGUGAUUUGUUAAAUAAAAUGUAUGUUUGCAUUUUUGGUUUUACACACAUAAUAUAUACAAUGUUUGAAAUGAUUAUGAUUCAUCAUAGCUUUUCAAACUGGUUUGUUUAUUUUCAUUAUUGAACAAUUUACCACUUGUGAUAGGAAUUAUUUUUGCUUUAGUUUUAAUGUAAAUAAAUGCAGGUGUUUG